CAGCCUCAAUGUCCGCAACUUCGACGUUCACAAGUACGGCCACAAGCAUCUGGUGAAGGCGAGGCGCGAGCAGCGGAACAAGUCGCAACUGGAAGUCGGGCUUCGGUGGCGCAAUCAGUAUCUGUGGAACUUCAAGGCGUAACAUCGAUACAUAUAUGGUACACUGUCUGAUAGCGCGAAUCUUGAUAGCGAACUGCGUGGUGGCGAUGAGACAUGCCCUUGAUGGCGCCUACCCGGAUUGAGCACACAUUACAAGAAGCCGAGACAACAUAUUCCAAGGCCGCCAAGAGCGAACUACACGGUGACUUUGAUCGCGCGUUCCGACUCUAUGUGAAGGCUGCCGAAGACUUCCUGCAUCUAGGCCAGAUAUGCCAUGAUGCACGACAACGUGCCAGUUCCAAAGACCAAGCAGCAAAAGCAUUGGAACGCGCAGAGAAGAUUAAACAGGCACGGCCGGAACUCAGGCCGCUCGCAAGACAUCAUUUCGCCGAGCAAGAACAAUUGUAUGUGCUCAGGAAGUCGGCCCUUGUAAAUGGUGUCCGCUACCCUCUGUGGGACGAAGACGCAAAUGGGCUGCGUGAUAUCAGGCAUCCCGCCCUCUCUCUGGACCAACAGCGCAAUCAUGCAGUAUGGAGGAAGGCCGAGAAUAGCUCCGUGAAUCUGGCGAGCUCACCGCUUGAACCACAAGACAUCGUUCAACACAUUGUAACAGACUGUUCCGUGUGCGGCUCCAUAGCCGUGUGCAUAUGUCAUAAUCGGCGCUUUCAAACUGAGCUCGGGUGGUCAAGCUUUUUUUCGACGGAAAGCAGCCAGUCAGCUCAAGAGCCAAACACGGGGAUCUACCAUGUUCGCUUGCUAUUCAAUGGAGCAUACCGACGCGUAGCCAUCGACGACAAGCUUCCGACAUAUCCCGACGGUACCUUCAUGUGUCUGACCACGGGCGACAAACGACAAAUUUGGCCAUCGCUCUUGGAGAAGGCGUAUAUGAAACUCAUGGGAGGCUAUGACUUCCCUGGCUCCGACUCGUGCAUAGAUCUACACGCUCUCGCGGGAUGGAUACCCGAGCAUGUGAAUCUCAAAUCCUCGAACUCUCAACGUGAGCGCUUGUGGGCACGCAUGGCGCAGGGUUCCUACAACGGGUCUUGCAUGCUCACACUGGGCACCGGUGAAAAGGCGGAUAGUCUACCUUUAGACGAUAUUAAUCUGCUUCCUGCCCAUUGCUAUGCCGUGAUUGAUGUUUCAUCAAGCCCUGAAAACCGAGAAUUGACUAUACUGGAUUCAUGGUGUCACGCGGAGCCUGGCCCUACCAACGACGAUACCAUCGAGCACAAACGUCCACAUACUUUCAAGCUUUCCUGGGACAUAGCUCGCAAUGUCUUCGACGGCGUUUAUCUUAGUUGGGAUCCAGGGAUUUUUGAAUACCAGAUAACGUUCCACGGAACAUGGACAGCCGGUUCUCUAUCGUUGAAGGAAGAGGAUACACACUCAUGUCAUUUCCGGUUGCAAUUGCGGACAGGAAUCAGUAAGGGCCAGCGAGGUGACGAAGACAUCUGGGUGCAGUUGACGCGGCAUGUCACGGAUACGAGACGCACUUCCGAGUACAUAUCACUACUUGUGAACGGCGAUGAAGACACAAAGAGAUCACCCACGGACAUCAACCCUCUGACGCUGAAGGGUGAAUAUACCAAUGAUAUCCAUACCCUAGUGCGAUACACAGCGUCGCGCGCUGAUCAGGUGCUGCAUCUGGUUGCGGCUUACGAAGGACGACUAAGCGACGUCGGCUUCACUGUCACUGUGUAUUCUAACACGAACAUAUCCUGGAUAGAAGAGAUACCCAAAGCCCUGUACUCGAAGGAGUUGGAUGGGGCGUUCAGCUCCAAAACCGCAGGCGGCCAUCAUGGCAACCCAACAUUCAUGGACAAUCCACAAUAUCACCUACGAAUACACCCUCGCGAGUCAUCCCAUAAGAGUGUUUCGGCUGCGAAUAGCAAGGCCUGUACGUCGAUCGCACUGCGAAGCCCCCGACAUAUCCCAGUCAACAUCUCGCUCGUGUGGUCCAAGGGAGAACGCAUCACAGAAAUGGGUCAUAAUGAGUUGGCCGCGAAUUCGGGUCCAUACGGCUUCGGAUACGCACAUGUGACACGCGACCUGCCUGUGGGCGACUACACUCUCAUUGCGUCUACAUUUGAGCCGCAACAGUUUGGAUCGUUCAGGCUGCGCGUGGAGAGUCAGCUGCGGUUCGAGCUUACGCCAUUACCUCAAGAAGGAGCUGGCAUGUUCGACAAAGUCGUCCGCGGGGCAUGGACUGCUGAGACUGCAGGCGGGGGUCCAAGCUCGAGUCGGUAUACAACCAAUCCACGCUACGAGGUACAAGUCGAUACGGCUACCCAACUGAAAGUGCGACUGCAGCUCCUCGAGACCGUCCCGCCCGCAUCUGUCAACGUCUCCCUCUUCAGACACAAGUCGCCUCGUCACUCGUCGUUGGAAACAACGUCGGGUCCGUACUCGGACGGCGUCGCCGGUGUAGCGACUCCGCAGGUCACGCUGCAGCCGGGCAUAUACCACGUCGUGCCCUCGACGUACAACCCCGGGCUGCUGCGCGCGUUCAAGCUGAUAUUCUACAGCAGCACCGCGGUCAAGAUAUCUCCUGUCCCGCACGCGUGAGGUAGCGCACCUUGGUUGAGGUCAUUCCACACCUCGUUGGCGCCGGAAAGACGGCGAGGUAAGGAUGUAUUCAUUUACGCGUUUGAGUGUAGCUCGAGAUGGGUUGGCCUCGGGCCUGCUCGAUAUGAUCCACUGUAGCCUUGUACUGAUGGACUGCUUCGUCGCCGUGUGUCCUAGUCAGGAAUUGUAUUUAACUCUGAUGUAACAAGAAAUAUGCGACAGACUCACUUAAUGUAUCCUGUUCCUCGUG